AUCAUGGUCACCUGUGCCGGUCUGGGAUUGUAGGUGUGUCCUGUUGGAGAAAGUCUACUUAAUUAAACUUUACCACGUUGGGUUUUUCAACUUCAUGGUCGGCCUUUUUGUGGUGGUUUUCAGUAAUCAACCACCCAAAAAUAUUUUUCUCGAUUGUUCUUGCAAAAAAAGCAUGCUAUCCCUGUAGCGCUUGGGCAUCAUCUGUGUAGGCCUGCUGUAGAAUCUCCCUUUUUGAAGAAAACACAAGAUCAUCUAUAUUUUCCCUUAUCAGAAGAUGGUAUCUCGUGUUUAUUGUAUCUUGUGGCUUGUGCUUGCGGCUGUUGUGGUGUCAGCGCAGACGACUUUCAACAAAAGAACAGGCUUGAAUGUGGAGUGUGUUGGGAAUGUUAUGAGACUAACCUUUGAUAAGUCUCUAGCUUUUGGAAGUCAGCUUGAAAUCGAAGCGAUCAAUGGUUCACAAGUUGUGCCUUUGACGUCUAGUCUGGCGGCCAAGUGUGGCUACAGCAUGGAGUCUGAUCCUUGGGGAAAUACUAAGCUAUACGCAUCCUUGCUGAACUGUUUUGCUCAAAACCAGGGUGAUCAGGUGUUUGAUAUCGCACUUCGGCUCCGGAUGUACGGUAAUGAAGUGUCUGAGGAAGAUGUUCACGAGAUAAGACACACUUGUAAAUACAAGCAGUGGGCUUCACGUGAGAUUCUCUGUGAACGAAACUUCAUGGAGGUCUCUGUUAACAGAUUACCCCCUGAGAUACACACACCUACACAGCAAAAACAAGGCAGCAAGGAAACUGGCUUCAAAUAUGGUGCUUCUUCAGAGGCUCCUACCUCUCUACACAAUGUCUGGAGGAUGGUCUUUUACACACCUAAAGAAAAGCCCAUGAUGAUGGAGGAUGUCCUGAAAGCUGGAUAUGGUGUAUCAACAACUCCGUCCCGAUUAGUCCUGAGAAGCCCUUACGGCAUGGAGGACACUUACACUCAGAAUGUGAAUGGGGUGCAAAUGGAGGUCUUCAAAAUGACCACAUACUUUAAGAGGGAGUGGGCUGUAACCAUGGUCGACACUGCUGCAGCCUGUCCAACUGGUGGACUCCAGUUUACUGAUAAAGUAAUCACCUGGUAUAUGCCCAGGCACAUCACACCACUCAUGAUUUAUAAUCAGUAUGAUUUGCUUGAGCUGUACAUGGGCAUCGAUGGCAAGAGGCUAGAUACCACCCAGAUGAAUGCUAAGGGCUACAGCUUAUCUGUGACAAACUCUCAUGUCAUCAUCUCACUACCUGUGGGUGGACCAGAUGGAUACUAUAAGAGUCAUGUGCUGGAUUACCAGUACCACACUACCUACAGUAUCGAACCAAUGCUUGAGCUGUUGUGGCGGGAGGGACAGUCUGAGAUCACCAGAUACAAAGUGCACUACCCGAUUACCACACCGCCUAAAGCAGAGCCACCACAGGUCACGGACAAUACUGUGGCGAAGUCUGGGGUUUUUGAUGUGCUGCUGGGUACCUUCCUUCAUGACGUUGAGCUGAUGAACAUCACUUUUUCUUCUGGAGUGAUGACUGUGGCAGAGGCCAAUGCCAGAGGCAUCAAUGUGCAGCAGCAUGGGCUUCCUAAUGGCUCCCGGACUUUUUCCAUUCAGGUCCCCUUCUCUGAUCCUGUCGUUCUAAAGUCUCAUAUCAAUCAAGAAUUUACUACCUAUACUCUUCCACUCAUCUUUGGCCUGAUAAUCCUACCUGAAUACACACCAUUUCCCCAUCCUGCACUGGUGGAAACAACUCUUCAGGACAUCACUCUGCCGACUAUAGUUGGAACCUGUGAUGAUGAGCAUUUCCUGGUCAUUGUGACUUAUGGGAAUCAAGGCAAGAACUUCCAUAUUUAUGUGGGCACACAGAACAUAUCUGCUGAGCUUUAUACAGACUACGGUGUCCAGGAGAACUCUACUCACUUCACCAUGACUGUGCCUUUCCUGGCAAAUGAGAUUGUUUUUGAGCUGGCCCAGCAAUCAUUAGUGAGGGGUCGUCUGGAUUUGACUCUCUGGGAACCUAUCAACAGCUGGCACCUCAAUAAUUUCUCCUUGGCCUGUGAAUUUCCUUUGACUAUGACUGAGUGUUUCUCCAAUGGAACAAUAACUGCACUAGCAGUGAAGGUGGAAUCUGCAGCUCAGAUAGUUCCCAGCCAGCUGUCUCUGACAGAUCCUUCGUGUAAACCCAAGUUCAGCAACAGCCGCUUUGCCUACUUCUCUUUUGCUGCAAGCAGUUGUGGAACAACUAGAACGUUCUAUGAUGACGUCAUGGUGUAUCAGAAUGAAAUCUCUGUGCCUGGCAGCAAAAAUACUGGAACCAGAUAUCUCUUGACAGUUUCCUGCUACUACCUCCUAAAUGACACCCAGACGCUGACUUUCUUCACUAAGCCGGGAAGAAAUGAGCCUUUUGCAGAACUUGGUGUUGGAGAACUUCAAGUCGGAAUGCGACUUGCCAAGGAUCCAUCAUAUAACUCAUUUUAUAUGGAGGAAGACUACCCAAUAACACAGUAUUUACAACAACCUCUGUACUUUGAGGUGGAGCUGGUUCAGUCCCCAGACCCCCAAAUAGAGUUGGUCCUGGAGAACUGUUGGGCUACUGUUAAUGAUGGGGUGUCUGUAAUGAGCUGGGACCUUAUUGUGAAUGGCUGUGAGAAUCUUGAUGAUCGUUACCAAACCACUUUUCACCCCGUGGGCUUAGAAGACCGGGUUCCCUACCCUCCCCACUUAAAGCGCUUUGAAAUUAAGAUGUUCACUUUUGUCAAAGAUGACACGGUCCUCAGAGAUCAGAUAUUUGUUCACUGUGAAGCUGUGAUCUGUGACAUUAACCAGACUGAUACCAUCUGCAAGAGACGAUGUCCCUCACAGCAAGGAAACAUCAAACGGGGAAGGAGAAACACAGGCCAUGAGCCGUUGCACAGGCUGCACGUCUCGUCUGGAAAAGUCCUGCUAACCACCAGUCAUGAUUCACAUUUAAAUAAACUGUUGACUUGAA